CUAACACGCUCUGCUCUGAACGAUCUAUAUCUACUAGCCGUGUUUCUGCGCUGAAGAAUUAGUCCAUUUUGUGCAGCAGCUGAGGAGAGGGAGGGAUGCUUUCGUUUCUGUAGGAAUGCCUGUUGCGAAAUCUGUAUCAUUGCCGUUGGAUAAGGGUCUUAUUUCGGCACGAUGAAUCUGAUGGGGAAAGUGGCGCUGGUGACGGGUGGAGCUCGGGGGAUGGGAUAUGCAUUUACUGAGGCCCUGCUGGAUCAGAAAGCAAAGGUGUGUUUUUGUGACAUAAAUGAAGAUUUGGGAUUGAAGUCACUCCAAGAGCUAAAAUCUAAGUUUGGAGAAACAAAUGUUAUGUUCCAAGUAUGUGAUGUCACAAGGCAACAACCAAUGGAAAAUUUAUUUCAAAGUGUCAAAGAGAAGUUUGGUUGUCUGGAUAUCGUCUGCAACAAUGCCGGGUUGGGCGGGGAGACGUAUCCUUUAUGGGAGAAAGCUGUUGACGUUAAUUUGAAAGGAACAACCAGGGGGACAUUGCUGGCUCUUGAACACAUGAGGACGGACAAAGGAGGAAAUGGAGGCGUUAUCAUUAACGUAUCGUCUGCGGCAGGGUUGAAUGUGAAUCCCUUAUCCCCCGUCUACAGUGCAACAAAAGCGGCCAUUAUAGCGUUAACUCGGAGUUUGGCGAUGAAUUCUGAUGUGAAGUCUGCCGGAGUUCGACUUAAUGUAUUCUGUCCAGCCUUUGUUGACACAGAUUUAGUAAAAGAAAUCAAUGAAGAGAACUGCUUAGACGUCAAGAAAGCCCAUCAGUUCCUGAAAGUUAUUGGAAUGAUAACCAAAGAAGAAGCUGCCGAGAGUUUCAUGGAACUGGUUUGUGACGUGAACCAAAAUGGAGCCGUUUUGAAGUGUUCCAAAACGGAUGGUAAACAGUACAUGUCGAUAGAGGCGAAACCUUUGACGUAGAGGGUACUGGCAUCUCGGUUUCAUCGAAAAAAGUGAAGUCUUUUGUAUCGUUGUAAAUCAAUACCAAUUUAAAAUAUACUCUGUCGAUAAAGAAAGGGUUAACACGAUACCCUGAAUGAUAUACAAACUGAACAGUAUCCGAAAUGUCAAAUGGAAUUUGAGGAGAAUUAAAACAGUGGCAUAAUCUAUUUUAAUUUUUAAUACGUCAUAAUUCUGAAUAGCAAUCGCAGUUCAGUUCAGAUCCGAUAUCGUUCAAAAAUAAUUGUGAUUAUACAUGUUUCAUCGAUAUUUUAUAAAUUGAUAUUCUUUGAUAUUGUGUACAUUAUUUUUAAUGAUAUUUUUAUAUGUAUUUUGCAAAACAAAACAAGAGAAAAAAAUGAAAUAACAUGUUUUUCAUCAUCUGAGGGACUUCUAGACGAACAAUGCAUAUAUAUGUACCAUAUUUAUUUAUUGUAUUGAUUACCAAUUAAUAUAACCAAUUACCUAUAGUUUACUAUAUACUUGAAUGUUGUAAAUGUAGUAUUGUACCAUAUUAUAAAAUGUUGAAAUAGAGUUGUGGAACUUUGAGCCUGUUAGUGCAAUAUAUACGUACAAAGAGCAUUUAAAUUUCAAUGGAAUAUAAUUUUUCUAGUAUAUUGUUAUCGUCAUUUCAUUUCGGAUUAUUGCUGAAGUGUAAAUCUGUUGUGUUUGACUACCAUUGUGUAAGGUAAAUUAUACUGAGUAAGCAUUUUUUUUUCAAAUUUUAACCACGUGAAAUUACCUUUUUUUAAUUAUAUUUUUUACAACAGUAUUGUUCAAAACAGAAUACCUCAUUUUUUGUACCUUUUUUGAAUUAACUUACAGUAUUAUAAUAUUGCAUUUACUUUGUUAGGCAAAAUAAUCCAUUAGACAAUAAUACAUAUUAAUGUGAUGAUUAUAUUUUUUUUAUUCCUGUGAUUUGUAUAUAUAGUGACAAAUGGCUUUGUAAAUUCUUAAGAAUAAAACUGUAAUUGCACAGAAUAAAAAUACAUGCCAACAAUAAGAUUGAAUUUAAAGGCAAUUUAUAAGAAAAUGGAUGAGGUCACUAAUGUCUUGAUUUUGAAAUUAAUUGUAAAAUAUUUGUAUUGGAAUGAAUUCAGCUAUAUAAUUUCUGAUUUACUUUGAUAUGAGAGCCUGCAUAGUCUUUUUGUUUAAAAAAAAUGUUUUGUAAAAUAACUUUAAGACAUUAAAGGCAGAUUUUUCAGAUGA